AUGGAAGAACGCCCCGCUAAGAGAGCCCGGCACGGCUCCAGCAGCGACCCGCCGUCGCCGCCAUCGCCGCCAUCGCCAAGGGUCUCGGACGACCAGGACCGGUUCCCAGACUCGCUCACCCGCUCCGUGAGUCCUCCGCCGAAAAAGCGGAGCGUCCGCGAUGCGCCCACCUUGCUUAGCUCGCCGUUUCAACUCAUCCGCAUCGACGGGCUCCUGAAUCGAUACAAUCGCGGGACCGUGACCCUCAAGAGCCUGGUCGGCGAUCCCCUCCUCAAGGAGUGCUGGAACUUUAAUUACAUGCACGAUAUCGAGUACAUCAUGGACGCCUUUGACGAAGACGUGCGAGACCUCGUCAAGCUUCACAUCGUUCACGGAAACUGGAAAAGGGAGGAUCCUAGCCGGCUGAGGCUCGAGGCGGAGGCUUCGAAGCACCCCAACGUGUCUCUGCACACCGCACCUAUGCCCGAGAUGUUUGGCACCCACCACACCAAAAUGAUGAUCCUCCUAAAGCACGACGACACGGCGCAAGUAAUCAUCCACACCGCCAACUCCAUCCCCCAAGACUGGACGAUACUCACCAACGCACUCAGGUUCGGGCACCGAGUCCCAGGCCGCCCGCCGCUCGGCAGCGGCGAAAGGUUCAAGGCGGACCUGCUCGACUACCUCCGCGCCUACGACGCGCGGAGACCCACGUGCAAAGCCCUGGUAGAAGAGCUAGCCAAGUACGACUUUGGCGCCGUCCGCGCGGCCCUCGUCGCGAGCGUCCCCGGCCGGCACGCAGCCCGCUCGUCUCGGCCGUGGGGCUGGCUCGCGCUGCGCAAAGCCCUCGCCGAGGUGCCGUCCCAGCAGGGACCCGCCGACGUCGUGGUGCAGAUUUCGUCGGUGGCGACGCUGGGGCCCAAGGACGCAUGGCUCAAGGACACCUUUUUCGGCGCUCUUUCCGUGACCAAGGCGGCGCUCGCGAGCCGGCCUAAUUUCAAAGUCGUGUUUCCUACGGUGGACGAGGUGCAGCGGUCGGUGGCGGGGUACCGGGCGGGCGGAUCCAUCCAUAUGCGGAUCCAGUCGCCGCAGCAGCAGAAGCAACUGCAGUACAUGAAGCCCAUGUUCCACCACUGGGCCAACGAUUCGCCAAAGGGAAAAGAGCUAGGCGAAGCCAAGAUCCAGAAUAGCGGGAGAAACCGCGUUGUGCCGCAUAUCAAGACAUAUAUCCGUUACGGUCAGCAUUCGAUCGACUGGGCGCUGCUCACGUCGGCAAACCUAUCCAAGCAGGCGUGGGGUGAGGCCGCCAGCGCCUCAAAUGAGGUGCGGAUCGCGUCGUGGGAGGUCGGGGUCCUCGUGUGGCCGGAGCUACUGUGCAAGGACUCGGCCAUGGUAGCAACAUUCCAGGCGAAUGAACCACCUAGAGAGGUGGCCGAGGAAACGGGGAAAGAGACGGUUAUCGGACUACGUAUGCCAUAUAGUCUUCCUCUACAAAAAUAUGGUGGGGAUGAGAUACCGUGGGUGGCUAGCAUGUCGUACCGGCAGCCAGACUGCCUUGGAGGGGUCUGGAUGGAUUAG